AUGCCCGCCAACUCUGCUUUAGACCCCGGCGAUCUGUCGUUCUAUCAAUCAAGAGAGACCAUCGCCAGCCCGAGAGCUUCCAACAGGCCCUUCGCCUGUCCCUUUUACAAAUUCAACCCCGUCCUUUGCGAUGGAUGCAAAAAAUUUCAAUUCGCCCGAAUUUCCGAUAUGAAGCAGCAUCUAGUUCGCUUCCACUCAUUAUCAGAACUUUCCACCUCCUGUCUAGUGUGCCAUAACCCAUUCAUUGACGAGCAAUCCAAGAUGCUCCAUCUCCGCGAUGGCAAUUGUAGCAUCGUUGCUGCGCCGGAAAAGCUCUCGCCCCAGGAGCUCAUCAAAUUGAAAGAAACAAAACUUUCCCGAAGAUCAAGUCCUGCGAGCCAAUGGUUUGCUAUCUGGAACCAGCUCUUUCCCGGACACACCAAGCCACAGACUCCCUACAAGGAGUCCAACAACAUCAAGGAGGUAAUCUCUCUCAUCUCGCCUAUUGUGGAGAGUCACUUCCAUGCUGCCUUCCCUGGUCUGUCUCGGGAGCAUCGCCAGAGUAAUGUUUCACCCGUCAAGAUAAUCAUGGACAAUGUCUGUCGUGAUUUCUGCAACAGCCUUCCCACCUCGCGUCAAGGGCCUUCCAUCAAACGCCCAAGCCUGGAUAAUGUUGUCCACAGCCAGGGUGGUAGUGUUGCUGCUCCCACCACUGCAGUCAUACCAUCGUUUGGAAAUCCAAACUAUGAUGCUACAGCCGUGCUUGGGUCUCCCUCGCUUGGGAACAACCUGACAAGCCUGGCCCCGACUGUUGAUUCAGCCUUUGGGCUCGAUCUGCCUGGAGUUCCACUGCCUAUUGACACAGCACUAGGCAAUGUCUUCUUCAAUCCGUUCUCGCCCUACAUCCAUGAUCAUGCCUUUGGGGGUGUAGAUGUAGAUGAGCCUGGGCUUGCCGAGUGUACUGGAGACAAUUAA